GUCUGGGCUGAGCUGUCUGCGGCUGCCGACCGAGUGCUGAUGAGGCCCUGUUGCCCGGAGGCCUGGCCGGCCGCUCGAUUAGCACAGCCCCGGCCACAAUCGGCCCCAGCAGCGCCGGCGAGUCCUGGCGGUUGGUUUCUGAUCCUUGUGUUGACCCUCAGAAGUCGCGUGUAAGACAUAAACUGACAGAUGAGCACUCGGACUCGGACCUAAUUCACUAAUCAGCCUGUGUUAUCCCACAGCUCAACCAACCAACAUCCAAUUCUGGAACUGGACAUAAACCUCCCAUCUGAGACUCUCUGCGAAUCCAGUGUGGUCUUCCAUUGCCACAGUAAUAAAAAGGCUCAUGAACAGAAGCAAAUAGAGCAAUAUCAGGCUAAGAGGAGAUUGUGGAUAGCUUUGGUCAUUUGUGUAAUAUUUAUGAUUGGAGAACUGGUUGGUGGUUAUCUAGCAGGGAGCUUGGCUAUUAUGACCGAUGCAGCACAUCUUCUCGCAGAUGUUACAAGUUUUCUGAUUAGCUUGUGCUCAUUAUGGCUAACAUCAAGACCGGCCACAAAGAAGUUAAACUUUGGAUGGUACAGAGCAGAAAUUCUUGGUGCACUGUUCUCAGUGAUCACAGUUUGGCUUGUAACAGGAGUGUUGGUCUACCUUGCUUGUGUAAGAUUGAUCGGUGCAGAUUACAAAAUUGAUGGAAUGGUCAUGCUUAUAACAUCUACCUGUGCAGUGGUAGCAAACGUAAUAAUGGGAUUGGCACUUCAUCAGGGUGGUCAUAGUCACAACCACAGUGCAACUUAUAUCGAACGUUCAGUGGAAUCUGUUCAUAGCCAUCAGCCAAAUGCCAGCAUUCGGGCCGCUUUCAUCCAUGUUGUGGGAGAUUUCUUACAAAGCCUCAGUGUGCUAAUUAGUGCCCUUAUAAUUUUCUUCAAGCCUGAAUUCAAAAUAGCUGAUCCGAUCUGCACAUUUAUUUUCUCUGUGUUUGUGUUGGGAACAACAAUCACAGUUCUGCGGGAUAUUUUGUUGGUGCUGAUGGAAGGUGCGCCAAUUGGACUGAAUUACAAUGCUGUGAAGGAAAAGAUUCUGGCCGUUAAAGGAGUAAAAUCAGUACACAGCCUUCAUCUUUGGGCUCUUACCACGAACCAGGUCAUCCUUUCAGCUCAUGUUGCCACAGCUGACGAAGUGAAUCCUCAACAAGUACUUAAGCAAAUUACAAAGAUAAUUUUUGACACUUUCACUGUUCAUUCUAUCACAAUUCAAGUGGAACAGUAUUCAGAUCAAGAACCAACAUGCCUAUUUUGCCAGGAACCUAAAGAUUAAAGCUACAUUAAGAGACAGUACCCAUUUUUGUUAGCAUGCACUAUGUUUGGCAAAACCAGUAGAGCCAAAUCUGUUGGUCUCCACUGCAUCCAUCAUCAUUUUAUGAAGCUCAGCAAAAUCCAAGAAAAUGUCUAAUUAAAAUUCUUGCAAAUAAUGUGUUACACAUUGAAUCUGCCUGUUUGCAGAAAAAUUAACUGUCCUGGUUUGCUACAACAACUUAGCCAUUCUGUUUUUGCUGAAAUUUCUAUCAGAAAAGAUGCAAUAUAAGCUAACAAAAGAACUCUUGAAAGGCUGCACUUUCAACCAGUCACAUCACUGUACUUAUGUUUUCAAAGUGCUUCCCAUUUUUAUUUCUGACCUGGCUGAAUAUGUAACCAUAUAAUUAGCAUUUAUAAUAUAACAACAUAGGAAAAAAAUGAAUUAAUUGCUUCUAAGUCAUUGAUCCUGAAACACUGAGUUUUCAAAGGACACCUCCAGCAGGAGGCUGACAGAAACACCAAAGAAACGGCCUAAAACUAUAAUCAGUAGACCAUGGGCCUUUAAACGUAACCAAAUAAUUCCUGAUUUUGUAUUUGUGUUCCUGUCUGACAGUUGUUUCCAACGGUCUGCUUAUGAGGGCCGAGGAAUCAUUUUCUCUCCUUGUCUGCAAACUUGUUUCUGUGCUUUGGUACAUUUUUGUCUUCCUUACAGUUAGGUCUAAUUGUGAAUAUGUGCCUUCAGCCUUAUUUACCAUGCAUGUGUGAUCUUGUACAGUGCUUUCAUUUUUAUCCACAUAUCUCUGAAAAAAAUUACCAAUGAUUGAUGAGAGGGAUUGAGAAAGAGAUUUACAAACUACAAGAUAAUGAUCUCAAAAAUCUGCAUCUUCCUCAGCAGCUUUCAGGCAGGCAAGGAUGAAUUGUGCAGUAGGAUCAUAUAGCAGGUCUGUGUUUGCAUGCUAGGGUAUCGUUUAGAUGUCCAUUUAGUUGCCAGGAGCAUGUAAAGCAGCAUUUCAUAAAGGAAUGAUGGACCUCAUUAGAUUUUCCAUCAUUCCCACAACAAAUACAAUUAAUGCUUUGAAUGCCUGCAUAAAAUAGACAUUCCUUUAACAGGACCAGCCAUUCCUGCGGUAAAGAAGGAGCAUGAUUCACAAGAAGAUUAAGGAUAAGGAAGGCUACGUGGCCUAUCUUGAUUCAGAGAGAUUUUAACAUUCUGCCCUCCCCUCCCUCUCUACCCCCAUCACCGCAAUUGUUUCUUGAAUUGUUCCAGUGUUCUUGCUGCCACUAUUCUGGAAAUUGAUUAAAGACUUUCCUGAUAUCAGUCCUAAACCUUCUUGUUAUUGUGUCGAAACAGUGGGGUU